UUUGCUAUCAUAUGUCAUAUAGACGUAUAUGUUUUUAAGAUGUUUAUGAUUUAGAAAGUAUGUGAAACUGACAUCUUACAGAUGCCUGUCAGAUGUUUUACAGAGCAGAUGAAACUCAUCUUCUUGCAGACGAACGCGUGCUAUCUCAUAAGGUUUUUAUAAAAGUCAGGAGAAGUCCGUUGGCCAAUUUUCACCAACGAAGCGAUGUUUAUAACAUGUAAACCUGCAGAAUAAGUCACUAAGCAAAUAAGUGAAAAAAAAAUAAAAAAUCUCCGAAUAUUUUCAGAAAGAUAUAUUCAAAUCUGGCGAUCUCCAGCCUGGCAAUUUCAGGUUUUUCCGAAUGCGAAACACAGCACUGUCCGUUCACAGCCACCGUAGAGCCAAUGUGUACGCACGCGCCCGUCUCAAAGCAACAAUGGCGUCCUCCUUUGGCGUGUGUAGGUUACGAUUCAGGGCUUUAGGGGGUCUUAAUAAAUUUUGUCUGGGAUUGGAACCUCAAACGCAUAUAAGAUUCAACUCGACUGCACCAGCACUCAAAGUCCAGACAGAGAACAAAACAGCGAAAGCCGCCAAUGAAAGUGAAACGUUUCAAGCGAUCCAAGAGAAGAGAAGAGAAGAAGCUGACAGGUCUGUUUUGAUCAGCUGUCCACCUAAGAUCGACAAAAAGAAGUUUUUAGAUUACCUGUCUAAACACGGGACAGUCAACAAACAUUUUUUCUACAACAGCUAUGGAUUAUAUGCAGUAGUUGAAUUCUCCAACAAGGAGAGCAUUGCCUCACUGAAGGAGAGCACUAAUGUUCCAGCUGUUGAUCACGAAGCUGUGGUGCCUUUCAAAUCUCGCCUGCUGUCAUUAAAAUGGUCAGGUAGUCUGUCAAGAAAUCAUUCUGUGCCCGACCUCAAAGAGCAGUCCCCUCCAUCCAUCAAUGAAAUCAUCCAGCUGCUAUCGGAAAAGGACAGCAUUAAUGAACAACUACAAUGUUUGACAGAGACUUUGCAGCUCACAGAGGAGAACAUCAGUCUGCGCUUUCUUGUUUGUUCGCUGCUUCAAGACAUAGCUGGAGCGUAUUUCCCAGAAUGUAUUAUCAGGCCUUUCGGCUCCUCUGUCAACAGCUUUGGCAAACUGGGCUGUGAUGUUGACAUGAUUCUGGACCUUGAUGGCAUAUAUCCAACAUACCAGAAAAAGCGCCCAGGACUGUCUCUGGAGUACCAGGUGAAGAGAGGAGGUUCAGAUCGAGCUGUGACCCAGAGUAUCCUCUCAGUCAUUGGGAAAUGUCUAGACCAGUUUGGCCCCGGAUGUGUGGGAGUCCAGAACAUUCUCCAAGCUCGAUGUCCUCUUGUCCGCUUUGCUCACCAACCCUCUGGCUUUCAGUGUGAUCUCACUGCCAAUAACAGGGUGGCAAUGAAGAGUUCCGAACUGCUGUUUCUCUACGGCCAGCUGGACCCUCGUGUUCGGCAACUAGUGUUCAGUGUGCGGUGCUGGGCUCGGGCUCAUAGCAUCACAAGCAGUAUUCCAGGAGCAUGGAUCACUAACUUUUCUUUAACAAUCAUGGUCGUGUUCUUUCUACAACAGAGGAAUCCUUCCAUACUGCCCACACUGGACCGACUGAAGGAGCUGGCAGGACCGUCAGAUAAGUGUGUCAUUGAGGGUAAUGACUGCACUAUUGUCAGUGACCUUAGCAAGAUUACACUGAAGCAGAACACAGAUACAUUAGAGAAACUGUUGCAGGAAUUCUUCGAGUUUUACGGCAAUUUCCCCUUCAACAAGGCAUCGAUCAAUAUCAGGAAGGGCAAGGAGCAGUCUAAACCGGAAGCGACCGCUUUGUAUAUCCAGAAUCCAUUUGAAACCACUCUAAACAUUAGCAAGAAUGUUAAUGCAACACAGGUAGAACGUUUCGUGGCACUUUGUCGAGAAAGUGCUUGGCUUUUCCAGCAGAAAGAAAUUCAUAAGCGAAGUUCAGACUCGCCGUGGGGGUUGGCCGCACUUCUCCUUCCUUUAGUCACCCCAGCAGCAGCGGUGAAAAGUCACAGGAAGAGGAAACUGGAACCUGCUAGUUCAAGAAUAAAGAACCUCUUAGACUCUCUGAAGAUUAAAGGUGGUGAAACUGUUGCAAAGAAGGGAACUGAAAACGCUAGCAGGUGAUAUGGUCAAUAAACUUCACUCAUCCUGAAGAACACGGAAAACGUCUUCUGAACAACUAAUUUAAAUGACCAGCACACCAAAAGAGUGGAGCAAGUUUAUAUAUUUCUACAGUCAGAAUCUGUAAGUCCUUUAGGAAAUGUAAAAAAAAAAAAACUGAAGUAUUUCACAUGAAAGAGUAACUUUGUAGAUUUUAGUGUGAUAUAACAAUGGAAGAAGAGGUCCACUGCGGUCUUGACUCCUAAGACAAAUGGUUGUGUUGAUCUGAUAACAACAAUCAUUACGGUUUCCAGAGAAGUGAAGCAGAACCUCUGAACACUAAAUGGCUUGCAUGGAACGGUUGUGAUUAUUUUAGAUCACAAACAACCUCCCAUCUUCUCUGAGUUGCCAUAAAAUUACAACAGUCUAAUGACUCCAUAAACAGUCACUGUCAACUAAAUAAUGUUUUAUAAGAUAUUAAAACAAAGUAAUGUUCAGACCAUUACUGUUCGUUUCUCCUUGGGCUUCUUUGUUUCUAAUUUUCUGAAUGUUUUAUUAAUAAUAGCUUUAUGACGAGCCUGUUUCUGCCACAGAAUAAAUAAGUUUUAUUUCUAAAUAAUUUUAUAUUUCAGUUUAAUUUCCUUAACUGGGGCUUAGAAACGUAACCACAAUGUGACGAGAACAACUUUAUUUCUUCUGAUUGGUGCAUCAUGUCCUUGUUAUUGUGACUGAACCGAACUAUGAGACUUGACCUAAAUUUCUCAAUUCUAUUUCUCGGAAUUAUGAUUUUUAUAUCUCAUAAUGAAACUUUGACCUUUUAUCUCACAAUUGUGACUUAAUUUUAUUGUGAUUUGAAAUGAAAAUUGAUAAAGGAUCUGGGCGACUUGGCCGGCUACUACAAUCUGGUUAGAGGACCACCGUCAAGUGAAUAUGGCUAAUUAAGGUGGAUUUUUGCUGAGGACCAGUGGGGUACUUGUAUAGUUUGCGUUCAUAUAUAUGCUAUCAGAGUUGCAUACAUGGAUCCGAUCCAUGGAGCUGAAGUAAUCCAUAAAAUGAUUCAGUAUAUACUGUAUUGUGUCCUUAAUAAGACAACAGUCUACGCUGAUUGGACACAAGCUUGUGGACAGACUUGUGGUUUUCAUUGUGUGAUGAACAGUUUGUGAGAUGUGAUUUCAUUAAUGCAGUUCCUUGUCUGUGUUUUGAGAGAGUAUAUCAUGUGUAUAUUAAGUACAUAUUAGGAAUGCACCAAUAUUAAAAUCUGGCCAAUAUAGAAAAACCUAUAAUUAUAUUUUUCUGUUAUAGUUGUUAAAAAUAAGUGGCUGAUUUUGGUAAUCAAAAUGCAUCAAUAAAGCAAAUGUGCCUGAACAAUUAAAAAUAA